AUGCCGAUACCCGGAGAUUUACGAAUUUCGAUCUUCAAAUAUCCCAUCGGAUUCAUCAGAAUUGUACAAUUUGUUUUUAUUGUGAUCGCUAUAGCAGCCGUCAACAGUUGGGGUAUUGAGAUGCAUUAUUCGUGCAAAGUCGGUAAUUUGACGAACUAUUUGUCACAAAAAGUCAGCACAUUUUCACUAACUGGUCUCAAAAUUCACGAUUGUCAGAACGGAACUCGGCCAAUUUGGGAAAAUGAUGAUUCGGCAUCCGGAAGCGCCGGAUUUUUCUAUUUCGUAAAUGUUUCGGCUCUCAUUUAUGUUCUCAUUAUCACAUUUGGAUAUGUUAUUUUAUGGAAUUUGUAUCAAUCUGAUAAACGACUUCCACUUGCUGAUCUCGGAUUAACCGCAUUGUUCUUCGUUCUUUUCAUUUUCUGUUCUUCAAUUUGGUGGGCAGGAGCUAAUACCAUUGGAAAUGCAACCUCAGAUGACCACCUUAAACAGUUAUUUUCCCAAAACGAAUGGGCUAAUCAAAAUGCAACAUAUUCGAAUCGUGAUGUGAAUAAUGGAAAACUUGCAAUUUCUGUGCUAGCUGAUUGGGUGUGUGUUUUCUGUUUUGCUUUCAAUUGCUGGAUCAUCUGGAAAGAAGUCGUUCCAAGAGACUCAUCUCAUCCUACCGAUAUCGCAUAG